AUGGACAACGCUGCUGUUCCCUUUUCGGAGGUGAAGGCAAGGGCUUCGAUACAACGCAGACGGCUUCCUCUAAGUAGGAAGUCGCUGCUCAAAUUUCCUUCCGGCCUAAUACCCAUAUACUUGCAAGCUCAGCAGAAAUGGAUUGGCUUGAGAAUAAAGCGGCCAACAUCACAUAUUCAGCAGUCUAUACAAAACAUCAUAUCUUACAUGCAUAAUAUAAGGCUUCUAAAGUUAGUCUGUCUUGCUGACUCUUAUCAGCUGCGGUCAAUACAACGAGCCUCACAAGAGAGAUAUCGAUGUUUAAAACCCUAUGCAGACUUCGAGGUGGCUCUAUGGAUAUACGUCGAAUGCCAGGACAGCCAUGGUUCGUCUCACACUAAAGGCGAUACAGUUCGAUGCAUUCAAGCGGGCUGCGUCACAAAAUGGAAAACUCUGUUCAACUUCAUCAAAAGAGAGGUUGAAAUGCCGAAGAACUAA